AUGGCCUGUCCUUCUCUUGAAAAUGAGAUUAUCUGUGAAGUUCAACGUCUCAAGCCUACUAUGGCAGUUGCGUCAGGCGUGGUUUGUGGUGGUUGUUGUGAUCGUGUGGUCUGUGGUGGCUGUGUGGUGGUCCAUCGUUGGCGUGGUCUGUGGUGGUUAUUGGUGGUUGUUGUGGUGGUUCGUAUUUGGUUCGUGGUUGUCUGUGGUGGUUCGUAUUUGGUUCGUGGUGGUGUGGUGUGGUGCAGUGGAGGCGUAGUUGCAGGAAGUGGGUUUUCUGAAACCCUAACCAGCGAAGAAGACAAAGCCCGACCCGAUCCACUUUGGGUCAACCCAAAUCUGACCAAAUCCAUUGUUUGGUUUGGUUCAGACUAA